AUGUCUGCCGAAAUUCAAACGUCCGGUAUGGACGAAAAGCCAAGUGCUUCCAGCGGCAAGCUCUCGCCUUCAGCUUUUGACAAACUUCCCGAUGAGAUUAUAGAGCAAAUACUUCAAUUGACCGACCCUGACUCAUUCGCAUCUCUCGUCCUUCUUAAUUCAAAAUGGAGGCGUGUUUCCCAGCAAGCCCAUCUCUACGCACAUCACCUCCUUCGAUGCGAAUCCUACGGCGCCAGUCAUACCGUCGCACCUGUCGCAAAGUCGGAUGAUGAUAACUUACCUAAUCUCCGCCGCUUAUUCGCCCGAGAAGUCAAGAGAAACCUUUUUGAGGCUUACUUACGCCCUAAGACAACUACGAUAAGGCUGAUCUCGAACUGUAUCGGAUCGUCCUCUGCCCCUGGUGGCGAAGGAAUGCAAUUCAGUUCCUCUCCUAGGGGUCAUCAUCUACUCGCAUAUAAUUCGUCUCGAAUAUUUGUCCUAGAUGUUAGAGAACUCGAACUGGCCGUUAAGCGGGAGUUUAAAAUAUUACGCCGCCCAGCGGCCGCAUGCAUUUUGGAUGAUGGUAGUCUCUUAGCAGUAUUAUCUACUGACAUGCAGGUUGAUUUAUAUGACCUGGGAAAAGUUCCACCUCGCCGAACGCAGUCACUGAUCUUGGACCAUGCUCCUCGUGCGAUUGCCCUGUCUCCGUGUGGAAGUGUGCUAGCAGCUGCGUACGAAGGCGGCAUUGAAGUGUCUUCUAUAAGCCCCGGGGCUCUUCCAACAGAUCGAAGGGCAGUGAAAUGUGAUGGUGUCGAUUCUCUCGCUUUUUCGUUCGAUGGAACACAGCUUUUAGGCACGACAACAACAUCCUACACGCCUAAUACGGUCAUCUUGACAGCUCCGUAUUAUGAUCCCGGGAAUCAAAUGUCCGAAGAAAAUAACAUUAGUGCACUGUGGACUACUUCUAUUCUAUUUCCUAACACGAGCCGGGACUGUAGCCAUGCUGUCCUACUGCAAGAAUCAGGUUCUAUGGAGGCAACUUGGGCGUUUGCUUAUGACAGAAGUUUUGAGACUUUUCGCGCCGUGCGGAUUGAUGACCUUCGCAAUGGAACAACUUAUUUUACAGGGCCGGUCCCAAAUACUCCUUCGCCUGGACCCUUGUUGCCAUGUACCCUACCCGCUGCCAAUUACCAAGGAGACCUCGUCUCGGCUGGAUUCGAAGGGAAAGAUGUUUGGUUGUACGGUGUGCCCGAAGACCUAGAAGCAGUUCCGGAAGCCAACCAUGCGGCAUCCGAUCCAAAUGGACCCCCAUCAUUAAACCGUAUGAAUAGCGGAGUUUCGGCACGCUCAUCUACUCGAGUACAAGAAGUCAACGGUGGCCGAGUUCCGCAGUGGCAGAUUUUAUGCGACAAGUAUCGCAACACAUUCGUGUGCGGGCGCAAAAUUACACAAUUAUGUGGUGUUAGCCAUAUGAAAUGGGUAUCCGGGUUUGGCAAUAUGUCUUCACAAGAACGAUUGAUUAUUGCUGCUCGAGGUGUGAUGCCCCCUAAACUUGUAACUGAGGAAGACGGCAUCGAUUUCGUGGAUGGAGGUAGAAUUACAAUCCUUGAUUUCGACUACAGUUUGGUGGAUGGCGAAGAAAAGGAAAUUACAAUUGAGGUUGGCGCAAACGAACCGGAAGUACUAGAAGAGGAGCAUCGCGACAUCGAUACAGAAGUAGCUAUUGUUAGGCGGAGAACCGUGGCGCAGCGGAGAGGGAACCGGGCCAGUGUGAUGACUAUGGCAACGACUACGUCUCGUCAAGUUGAUGUAUUAUUACGUCCGUCGACUGCUCAUAAUGAUGAUUCGGAGGAUCCGCUAGUACCACGACCUAUGGCCACAGCACGUACUAAUCCCCACGCAGCUGCGAUUGAGGAAACAGAAGAUGUCUCUGUUGAGGAGGCCCAAGAAGCACUCGAUGCUCCUUAUGCUCAUGCCAAUCCACGAUCCGGAACAACGCUACGCCGCGCUGCAACUGCGGCAGCAGUGAAUCGUCGACGGAACCCGCAGCCUGUGGCUGGUCGAGUUGAGUAUCGACGAGCUGACGGAAGGGCUGAGCAUCCUCAUGAAAGUGAUGCUGAUAACUGGGUACCUCCACCACCACCAUAUACUAAGGAGGACCCUGGUGAUUUACCCGAUUUUAUGCGUCACUCCAUACACCACUCCGCCAUUCCCGGUGUUGGAAUCCUACCUGGUAGCAGGAGAGACUCUAUCCCCCCUGUUCCUCCACUUCCAUCUUCUAUCCCGCCGAUUCCGCCGAUCCCUUACCUCGCCUACAGACAACUCCUCUACGGGACAGGUCAUCCCACAUGUCUUGGCAUCCUCACGCUUCGCAGCAAAAGGUCGCAGAUGCCUCUAUAA